UGGCACCGCGGACAUCUCAAGGGAAUAUCAAAUGAAUCGUGCAGUUGAAAGGGACUUCAUGUUACUCAAGAAUUCUGCUUCAGCAAGCACGAACCAGCCAAUAGACGUCUUUGACACUCGGUAUCUUCGAAUUAACAAACUCUUACUAUCGUUCAUCGGCUUAUGGCCGAUGCAGUCCAACAGAAAUAUAAUUUUCGUAUGUUGUACGAUACUUGGUGUGCUGAUUAUAACUCUGCCACAGAUCGCAUUCUUGUUUAUACGUUUAAGAGAUUUGAAUGACUUUUACGAAAUUUUUCCAACUUUGAUGGGUUCAUGUAUUGUUACCUUCAAAUCACUUGGUCUACAUUGGCAAAUUGAAAAAUUCAAGAUGCUCAUUCAGCAUGUACGUCACGACUGGUGUUCAUUGAUGAAGCACAGUGACAUUUGGAUUUUGAUGGAAUAUAGUGAGAAAAGCCGAAUGUUCACGCUGGUCUAUCUAAUCUUUACAAACAUAAGCGUAGCCAGUUUUGCGACGAAACCACUAAUUAUUCAAUUAUUCGACUUCAUAUUUGAAUCAAACGUAACGAGACCAAAGCGAAUGCCGCAUCCGUCCGAGUUUCUUGUGGAUAUGGAAAAAUAUUAUUACAUUCUUCUGACAAUCACGUUAGCAUCAUAUGCUGUAUGUGUUACGAUAGUAAACGCAAGCGAUACCAUUUACGUCGCGCUGCUACAACACACUUGUGGUAUAUUGGCUAUAUUAAGUUAUCGUUUAAAAAAAUGGGAAAUAAAUGAUAAAUCGAAAUGUGUCGAUCGUAAUCCCGUAUUGAGAGGAAACAGAGAUAUUGAGAACAUCGUACAGUGCAUACAGCUACAAGUCAGAACAGAGAGACUAAUCCAAUUGAUUGAAUCAACGUUCGCGAUAUGUCUAUUUUCCGACUUUGCCUUUGGAAUGCUAUUUCAGUGUUCUUCGGUCGUGAUGAUGGUGUCUUAUACAGAUGUAUUGAAAAACUGUGUGUUUGUGCUUCUGCAAUCCACUCGAUUUUUUUUCAACAGCUGGAUAGGACAGAGACUAAUAGAUCACAAUUCUCAGAUUUCUACUGCAAUAUAUAAUGGAAUGUGGUAUGAAAGGUCUUUGAAAGCAAAAAAAAUGUUGCUAUUUCUAAUAAUGAAGUGUCAAAAACCAUGUUAUAUAACUGUGGCAAAAAUUUAUGUAAUCUGUAUGGAAAAUUAUAGCACGCUUAUGAGGACGUCCGCUUCGUACGUUACAUUAAUGAUAUCAUUGAACUCGGAUGAUGUGUAAUUAUUGACCAUAUGGAAUUUUGUAGUUUAUUUGUGUAUGACACAAAUAAACUUAAAUUAUAAAAGUAUAAUUACGAAUAUGAUUAUAAGUGUUUUAAGUAAAUAAUACUAUAUAUUGUGUUACAUGUGCGGAAGGUCGGCUAGUUCUUACGAAUGCGUUUAUCCGCACGAUUAGGAAUAGCCGACUCGCACAUGUUACACAUGAUAUUUUUUAUUACCUUUUCGUCGAAGUGUGGUCCUUGAAUGUAAAUUGACAGGGUAACAAAGUUGGGUUUGCGAAAGCGACAAAACAUCGAGAGUUAUCGUAUAUGUGUCACGAAAUGGCAAUAAAAUGUCAGUAAAUGAAAGAAUGAUCAAGUAUGCGAAAAUAGUCAUGCGGAAAUGAUUCCUGCAUAAUCGGAGACUUUGGGGUCGGUAGAGGGUCACAAAAAGAUGUUAUUUAAAAGGUCCACUUUCGAGGCACAUGUAACAAAAAAGUACUUUUCUUCUUAUUUUAUAAAAAAUAUUA